CCUCACAACCUCCUUCCCUUUCCAGGGCCUCCCCUCACAGCCGCCUUCCCUAGCCCUGUCCUCUCCUGGCCCUGUGGACGGAGCUUCGUUUCCUGAGAGGGUCGCAGGUGCGGGGAGAGCCCCUCACCAGAUGCUGCAGGUGCCGGCCGUGCUGUGCGUGUGCGCGGCCGCGUGGAGCGCUCAGGCUGCCGCCGCGCUGGCUGCGGCCGGGGGGCGGGCGGACGGCGCCAAUUUUCUGGACGAUCGGCAGUGGCUGACCACCGUCUCGCAGUACGACCGGGAAGUCGGGCAGUGGAACAAAUUCCGAGACGAAGUAGAGGAUGACUAUUUCCGCACUUGGAGUCCAGGAAAGCCCUUCGACCAGGCUUUAGAUCCAGCUAAAGACCCGUGCUUAAAGAUGAAAUGUAGCCGCCAUAAAGUGUGCAUUGCUCAAGACCCUCAGACCGCAGUCUGCGUUAGUCACCGGAGGCUUACGCACAGCAUGAAGGAAGCAGGAGCAGGCCACAAGCCACGGAGGGGCCCCGGGUCCAACCCCUGCGGGCAGUGCCCAGCCGUCUACACCAGCCCCGUCUGCGGCUCAGAUGGCCACACCUACUCUUCCCAGUGCAAACUGGAGUAUCAGGCAUGUGUCUUGGGAAAGCGGAUCUCCGUCAGAUGCGAGGGCCCCUGCCCGUGCCCCUCAGACAGGCCCCCCAGCACAGGCAGAGACGUUAAGAGAGCGUGCGGCGACCUGGAGUUCAGGGAAGUGGCAAACAGGCUGCGGGACUGGUUCAAGGCCCUCCAUGAAAGCGGGAGCCAAAACAAGAAGGCAAAGGCACUGCUGCGGCCGGAGAGAAGCAGGUUCGAUACCAGCAUCUUGCCAAUCUGCAAGGACUCGCUUGGCUGGAUGUUUAACAGACUCGACACAAACUACGACCUGCUGCUGGACCAGUCGGAGCUGGGCAGCAUCUACCUGGACAAGAACGAGCAGUGCACCAGGGCCUUCUUCAACUCCUGCGACACGUACCGGGACAGCCUCAUCUCCAACAACGAGUGGUGCUACUGCUUCCAGAGGCAGCAAGACCCGCCUUGCCACACGGAGCUCAGCGGCGUCCGGAGGCGGCAGGGCUCGAGGAAGCUCCCGGGACAGUACGUCCCCCUGUGUGACGCCGACGGCUACUACAAGCCGACGCAGUGCCACAGCAGCGCCGGGCAGUGCUGGUGCGUGGACAGGUUCGGGAACGAAGUCGUGGGGUCCAGGAGAGACGGCGUGGCCGACUGCGCUGUCGAUUUUGAGAUCUCUGGAGACUUUGCGAGUGGAGAUUUCCACGAGUGGGCGGAUGAUGAGGGUGCUGAAGGCGCUCUUGUGAACGACGAGGAUGAAAUUGAAGAUGAUGAUGAAGACGAAGGGGAUGAUGAUGAUGGCGGAGAUGACCACGAUGGGUACAUCUGACUAACGGCAGAUGAGAUCCAUAAACGCUACAUUUCUAGUAUUUGCAAAGAGAUAUAUAGCCUGUUAAGAGUUACCUUCUUGUCCCCAAAACAAAGUGAUUCUAAACCCCACAUAUAUUUUGUAUAAUUAUUGCAGAUAUUGAAGCUGAAGUUGUAGAACUUUAUGUUUAAAUAAGAAUCGUUUGCUUUGAGUUUUUAUAUGCCUUACAGAAAAAGAAAACACGUAACGGAGUCUAGCCAGACGAGAGAACUGUUCUGAAGAUCUACUACAAUAAAUUUUUCGUAGCAAAAACUUUGUAAAGCUCACACAAACAAAAUGACAGCCAGCGCUUGGGAUGGUGUGUGUUAUUUUUCACGAGAGAUAGUCUAAGUUAUAUUUACAAUAACUCGUUAGUGACCUUGGCCCCACGAUUUUGUAAAAUCAUGCAUGACCCUAAUUGCAUCUCCAGAGUAGCAUCCUCACAAACGCAGAGCGAGUCAGGGUAACUGAGAGACACCACAUGUUAAGAAAAGCAAAGUGACAACUGCAGUUUCCUCCACUGUGUUCACAUUAAUACCGGUGUUUCCAAUCAUGAAAUUAUUAAGGAUAUGAGAGGAUAUUUUUCAAAAUGGCAAGGAUGGAAAACCAUGGAUUCUGAAAGCUAAAAAUUUAGUUUUCCUUUCUAAUACGUAUUUUAAUUUUGAUGGAAGUCUCAUGUAGAUGUUUUUAAUAUUCUUCAACAGCAUGAUUUCUUUAAGAUUUUUUUUUAUCUUUCUGACCAGCAACUUAGGGUAAAAAAUUUAAAUUAGGAAGAUAAAGAGAAUUUGUUUAAACUAUAUUUUCACAAAAAGUGUGUCAUUUGCCCCAAGGUCAAAUUCUCAAAUCUUAAUUCUCAUUUUAUUUCCCAUUUUAGAUUAAAAUUUGCAUUUAAUCUUAGCAUUAUGCCAUUUUUAUUAGUAGUGCUGAAACUUAAGAGAUCGUAUUGUAUGGUGCCUUGCAAAAGUAGAAAUAGAGAGGUUUUAGCAUGCACACCAAUAUAGGAUACUAGACAAUUAUAUAAGCACACCUAAUUAACAAGUUAAUAUCAGUAAAGGUAUUGCUGCUGGAAUGGAGAACAUGGAAUAUGUUUCUUUCUUUUUUUAUUGUUACAUAAUUGCCAUGUGGACUUGUUUAUGAUUAUUGUGUAGAGUAGCAUUUACAGUUUAACUGUAGCAAAGAUUACUUUAAUCCCUGUAUUUAAGUUAGCAUGUUAAUUACUUGUGUAUACACUUUGGCACACUGUCACUUUUCAGUAUAUCAGACCGAUGGUUUUGUGGCCAUAAUAAAAAUGGAAAAACCUGUUGGGUGUUACACGUUGGCAUCUUUAAUUUCAAUAGUGGGUCAGCUGGUUUCCUGGUAUACAAUUCAUUGAGAGCAAACGUUCUUUCCAUUUAAUUUGUACACACUAAAUAAAAACUUUAAUGUUCACCUUACGUGAUACUACAAGUAUAAUGCAUUUUCUUUUUUACUGUGUAUGUAUAGUUUACAAAAUAAAGAAUCUUGUAACCAAA